CACACAUUACUCUAGUAGCCUGUUCUGUUCUAGCAGGAAUCACCGUGGUGAGUCUCACCUUCUUUCACAAGUUCUCGCUCAGCCUUGACCCAGACGACUACUAUAAGCAACAUGGGAGAAAUUGUAAUAGUUAGGCUACUGCCAUGUACAGUGUGGGUCUUUAUUCUGCUGUUCAGCUUGUCUUUAGUUUUGAUUGCAUUCGGAGUACUCACUUACUGUAUAUUUUCUCUAACAUGAAAGAAGUCCAUAGAUAACAUGGGCCCAUAAAUGAUUGUACUAUUACAAUGGUACUUUGAUACUGUAUCAAAUGAGAUUUUUUCAUAAUUGUUUGUGAAGUUUAGUUUACUGACAGUGGAACAACCAUGCAAAAUGAACUUCCUUAUAUAAAGUAUAGGCUUAUCACACCAUUGAAUUAUUUUGAAUCUAAUGUAUCCAAAUAUGGGGCAGCGCAUAUUUCUCUUCAAUGGCCCAUGCAGGUGGGACUAAAUGCCAUUUAGUAAAUGGUCUAAAGACAUGGGGGCGUGACAAGUUGGUCUUAGUGUUCUGAGUGUGCACAUACGUUGCCUUAGAGUUCUAAAUGUGGAGGGUGUCACCACACUUUAUGGCAUUAAAGGCGUGCAGGAAGUGGCCUAGUGUUCACUGCAAACCACAGAUCUUAAGAAGAGAGAGCAGUCUUCUUCUGCAGGUCUCAAUGGGCUAUUGGUCUUGGGACUACACAGGAUGUGGAUCAAACGACACUAGAAAAAACAUGGCUUCAGCAGAGAUCUACUGGCCUGUCCCAAUGAGGGCCAUCGGUGCCCAGAACCUGCUCACCAUGCCAGGAGGUGUGUGCCAUUCUGGGUACCUCCACAAGAAGGGAGGGAGCCAAUUCAGCCUUAUGAAGUGGCCUCUUCGCUAUAUAAUCCUCCACAGGGGAUGUGUGUAUUAUUUCAAGAGCAGUACCAGUCCUGCACCGCAAGGAGCUUUCUCUCUCAAUGGCUACAACAGGGUGAUGAGGGCAGCAGAAGAGACCACCUCCAGUAACGUGUUUCCCUUCAAACUCGUCCACUUCAGCAAGAAGCACCGGACCUAUUACUUCUCAGCAGCCAACGAGGAAGAGAGAAGGAAAUGGAUGCGAAACCUGCGAAAAGAAAUUGAUCACCAUAAUGACAGAAGGGAUUCACAUUUUACAAAUGACUCUGAAAGUGAUGCGGACAGCUUCUAUGGAUUGAUAGAGUGCCCCAUGGACAUAACCUAUGCCCAUGAUGACCCAGGAGACAAUUACAUGUUAGAGGAUGAAGAAGAUGAUGAGGAUGAUGACUAUGAAAAACCAGAUAGCCCACCAACUUAUACAGGAAGACUAACUGUCCCACCACCAUCAUACCAUCCUCCUCCACUCCCAUGCCAGUUUAGACAAGAAUCAAUGUCAGGAUUCUGCAAAGGUCUCCCCCAACCUGCCCGUGCCCCUGUCCCCAACAGAACCCUCUCCAGCCCCCUUCCAAAGAAAAUGUCCCCGCUCUUACCUCGACCCAAGCUGGGUGAGGUCGGCCACAACCACCAUGGACACAAGGACAUCCCAAAUAAGGACAGCCCAGAGAGAAGUGUGAGGGGCCCUAAGACCCCUCUUCCCACUCCCAUUGCCAGCCUACAGGAGCAGAUGAUGAUGGGGAAGACGUCCAUCUCCACCCUACCUGGGGGGGACCACAGAGACAAUAAGCCCCAUGUUCCAGUGACCCUCAAGUCUCCCGCCACCCUGCCCAUCUGCAUCAACCUGGAAAGGCAAAUGGGGCUGAAUCCUAGUCCACCGGGUUGCCAUGGCAACACAACCAGUCACAUCCCAAGUGUGCCAAACUACUGCCACAGCAGUAGGCCAACACCAGAUCUCCCACCACAGGCCUCGCCAGCACUGAACCACCAGCCUGGACCGUUCAAGCCACCCCUCCUAGCGAAAUCUCCAUGUCCGGCAACCAUGCCUAAACGACCAAGAGGGUCAGCACAAAGAUCCUCUCCAGAUGGACAAAGCUUCCGAACCUCAGUGGACGAGGUGCCUGCCUCUUUAAGAAAGAACAGGGAUCCAUCCAAGGACAUCGACGAUGACUCUGAUGAAGACUAUGAGAAUGUUCAAUUACCCGAUUCUGUGUUUGUGGACAUAACAGAAACAAGCAUUGUUGAAAAGUUAUUUAUGGAAAGCUCCAGUUCACCGCAGGACGGUCUCUACUGCAUCAGGAACUCAGGAACAAAGACAUCAAAGGUGCUGGUGGUGUGGGAUGUGGAUCUGUGCAAGGCCAGAAACUACAGGCUCUUUGAGGAGGACUCCCGGGUGUUCCUGGAGUUUGAGGUUACAUUUGCCUCCCUGUCAGCCCUAGUGGAGCACUACCAUAGCCACCCUCUACCCAAUCACGACUCUCUGUGUCUGCAGCAGCCAUAUGGUUACAUCAUGCCCAGAUGACCCUGUCCUGACUCUACCUGAGGCCAUUGGCUCAAACGGACUCUCUCCUUUUGGGCAUCUAAUACAGUGCUGCAACUGUCAUGAACUACAGUCAAAACCUGCUGUGGUAGAAACAAAAUGACACUGGCCCCUGUAGGGCAAGUCAGAUUGUUGCAUUUCUGUAACCAAGCCUGAGUAUUUGUGAUUCUGAUGAGCGUCAUGGCAUGGGAUCUAGCCCGAAACAAUGCUUGGGCAGAGGUGCAACGAGUGCGCAGGGUUGCAGUUGUGAAGAAAAUAUGGUAUCUGUGAGGAGGACAAUGAGCUCUAUAUACAGAACAAAGUUGUGUUAUGUGAGGACUACUGCAGGACUAGUACUCUAAAGGUCUGUCAUUACACUGGAUGGCACUGCUGUAGUGUUGUUCAGAAUACAAGCAAAUGUGAAGCUUUGUGGGUUGACUGCACAUUAAUGUCGGAAUAUUAAGCACUGGUUUUGCAUUACGCAUUGAGGACCAAUUAUGUGUAUAUCACUUAUUUAUUCCAUAAAGUUUAUGAAAUGUAUCAUAUUAUCUUCAGGAAAAAAGUUAUAUUUUAAAAUGCUUAGAUAAUGAUGGCUGUGAAAUAUGGUGCAUAAAAACCUAUGCUAUCAAACUGUCCACACAUCCUAUUGCACUGUACAGAACUGUCCAUUUGGGAUAUGUAAAUUAAAUGUAUUGUAUAAAAUUAUUUUGUAAAAUUA